AACCGCCGAUAUUGAGCUUGACAUAUUCCGAAGGAUAUUUAAUUUCCGCUUUGUGAUUUCCGGACAUACCGAACGAUGACGAAAAUAUAUCACACCGUUAGAAAUCAAUGUUAAUAUAUAUUCAAAUGAAAAAAUAUAUCGAUUUUUAAACGUUAAAUCUAAAAUGUAACAGAGGAAGAACAGAACGUUGCGUCUCUUGAACGCUAACGUAACGAUAAACGAUAACCAAUACAAAGAUAUUUUAUGUGGUAUUUAUUAGUCUCAUCUUAAAUGUUAAAAUCUUGCUAAAUAACACGAUUCACUACCCUUCUGUGUCUUGCGACUCGACAAAAAAAAUAUAUUCUAUCGCAUUCCCAUUUUGGUGAGUGACUAGCACGAAGAAACGAAGACUAGUUCUGGGUACGCGCAGGCGCAACUAUCUACGAGUCGAUCGUUUGUUUAUUUAAGAAAAUGGCUGACCCUUUAGCAAAGUAUGGAAUUUACAUUGACGAUUUAAGUAAGAUUCAUGUAUUAGAACCAGAUGUGGCAAAUCAGACGAAUAAGCUUAAAGAAGAAUGUCAAAAUUUUAUUUCGAAAAUCACUGAGUUUCAAAUGAAUUCUCAUGAACUUGUAGAAAUAAUAGAUCAGUUGGCGAAUGAAGUAGAAAAAGAGAAAAUGAAAACUAUUGGAACUCGGAAUUUGCUCCGUUCCGUUGCGAAAGAAAGGAAUGCUCAAAAGCAACAAAUUCAGGCACAGAUUAUUGAAAAAUCUAUGGAACUUGAGAGACUUCGCAUACAAUACGAUUCUCUAAAAAAAAUCGAAAUGGAACAGGUAGAAACUAUUGAACAAUUAACGGUAAAUUAA